UGUUGUGGCACAUCAAGAGAUGUGUCUUUUCCCUCAUCUGACAAUCGUCUCUUUUUCUUUUUCUAAAUUUGUUGUUGCUUGCUAAGACAUGUUUAUUUCUCAUUUGCUUUGCAGACACACUUAAAAAUUCUAUCGUGCUCUGUUACUUACUUAGAUGAAGUUCACCAUCAACGGCUUCUUUCUCUUGCAAGUUUUUUUUUCUUUAGUAUUACAGUUGAAUUCACACAUACCUUAUUUACCUUCCUCUGAGAUUCAUCACAUUUAUUGUCUUUGGAAUGAGAAUUUGGGAUCACAAACCAAAUGUAAUAUAUGCAUUGCUGGACCUAAUUAUAUCACUGGUACACAGCUCAGCAACUACCCCUCAUGUCAACCAGAUAUAUUAUCUGCUUAAGGAGCUUUUAACAGUUUGUGAUUUUCUCCUUUUCCAUCUUUAGGCCACUACUAGCGGAAACUAUCCCAACUCUUGUUUGGAGAUGCUCAUAUUUACUUUUACUGCAGACUCAACAAUAAGAUGCCGGAAGUUCUUUCCCGGGUGCACGCAGCUCUCCACAAGAUUUCGUAUUUAGUUUCCCUUUCUCCCUCAAAAUUACUGUCCAUACUCGUAAAUACACAACAAAGACCAUGUAAGUUUUUAGUUCUGUUCAAGUUUAGACAAAUGUAACAGCAAGCUUAUUGUCUUGCAGGUUUUGAUGACAUGUGGAUAACUUGUUGAGGUUGGAGAACAGCUCAAUAGGAAAAAUUAUUGGCAACGUGCUUCUUAUGGUGGUAAUGGAGAGGUUGUGAGAUCUCGAUGUAAGUGGACGGAAUUUGAUUCAUAAACAACUGUAUUUUCCAUACAAGUAUAGAGUAUAGCCACUAAGUAAAGUGGUAAGUAAAUGAAAUGAUAUUCUCCAAGAUAACUCCAGUAUAGGCAUGUUUGAUAUGGAACUUGAAGUUGCAGUUGAAGGCACCAUGAAUGAAGGAGAGGAGGUAGGUUAGUGUGUUUGUUUGCUGUUUAUGCAAAAUCCACAAAACUUAACUUGAUGGUUGAAAGUUUCAGGAUUACAAGGUGCUAGGCUCCUUCAUUGUCGGCAUGGGAUGUCUUGGCUUAGAUUCAUCUAGAUAAUUCGUCAUUCUAGACUCCUGACACUUUACUUCAUUGUUGGCAUGAGAUAUCUUUGGCUUAGACUCAUUUUGAUUUCGUCUGCAGUUCCUGAUGUUCUAUGCGUGCUCACUAGAUCCUGAAAAUUGUGGUGUGAAAUUUUCCAGUAAGCUCUUCUCUCGAGCAACAAACCUCAGGUUACCCAUGUGCGUUUCAUCUUAUCAUUCAUGGUAAAAAAUUCUUGUGCACGAUAAUUAUAUGGUGGUGGUAUCAUGAGGCCUUAAUAUCAGCCCAAUUUAGGCCCAUAUAAAUACAAUUCUAUGUUUUUAAAAUAAACGAGCUCAUUAUUUCCACCGAUAACUCUGUGUUAGCUCCGACAAAAAUGGCUGCAAUCAGCUUUUCCUCCUCUUUGCACGCCUCAGCCUCUCCGCGUGUUUUUCGUCCACGUUCCCGAAAUACCCCUGGCCUUACUCUCUAUUCACGCUUCAAACCAUCCUUCUCUUUUCCCUCUCUCUCCUUCGCACUCCGUAACACUGACACAGUCCGGUCUCGUCGUCGUCUCUUCUUAAUCGCCUCCGCCGUCAAGUCUCUGACGGAGACGGAGCUGCUUCCGAUUGCAGAGGCUGACUCAAUUCCAUCCGCUUCCGGCGUCUACGCUGUAUACGAUAAAAACGAGGAGCUUCAAUUCGUCGGAAUAUCUCGGAACAUCGCCGCGAGUGUCUCUUCUCAUCUCAAAUCAGUGCCAGAGCUUUGUGGUUCCGUUAGGGUUGGUAUAGUAGAAGAACCAGACAAAGCGGUUCUAACACAAGCAUGGAAAUCAUGGAUAGAAGAACACAUAAAAGUAAACGGAAAAGUCCCGCCGGGGAAUAAGUCAGGGAACAACACAUUUGUCAAACAGACUCCGAGGAAGAAAUCUGAUAUCCGUCUCACUCCAGGUCGCCAUGUCGAGCUCACCGUUCCCUUAGAGGAACUGAUUGAUCGUUUAGUGAAAGAGAGUAAAGUGGUAGCUUUCAUUAAAGGAUCGAGAAGUGCUCCUCAAUGUGGAUUCUCACAGAGAGUGGUUGGGAUUCUUGAAAGCCAAGGAGUUGAUUAUGAAACAGUAGAUGUUCUUGACGAUGAGUAUAAUCCGGGGCUAAGGGAGACGCUGAAGAAUUACAGCAACUGGCCAACGUUUCCACAGAUAUUUGUGAAAGGAGAACUUGUAGGUGGUUGUGAUAUAUUGACCUCAAUGUAUGAGAAUGGCGAACUUGGCAAUAUCUUGAAUUAGUUUCAUCCGAUUAUCUUCUCUAUUUCUAGUUGUGUAACUCGAAACAUUCAUGAUUUAGAAUCCUAAUAAACACGCUUGGGUUCUCUUCCAUA